ACCAGCAAGGCCUACCUGUCUCAACAUACACAACCACCAACACCACCAUUAUAAAACAAAAACCAGAAAGUGCACACAUAUAAACAAACAGUUUAUUUUUUCCAAAGAUCGCUGCGAUUCAUCCAACCGAAAUGUGCAACAAGUUGAGCGUCGUCGAAAGGGGUUCCCCGAUGCAGCCGAUGGCAUUAAAAUUCGUCAAGAUCACACUUGUCUUAGUUUUCUUCUGUUUCGCCGAAUGCGCUGCAGGAUCCUGUAUAAGCUACGGACACGCUUGCUGGGGAGGACACGGAAAGAGGAACGGUGGAGCCAUCAUCAAGGCUGGUGAUCUGUCUUCGAACGAUCUUCCCAACGACACCAAAUGGUUCCUGGCUAAACUUCUGAAGGGAUCUGCAGGUACUUCUAAGAUGGUCAGAAGCUCAGAACUCGUCGCUCCCGCUUCUGCCGAUAAGCAGCAGUAUUUCGAUGAAUCUCCCGACGUCGACGAUAUUAAAGG